GUAUCUUUUCCCGCGAACUGGACACACUCGCUGCUGUCUCGCUAGGUGACGCAUGGAGGAGCCGUUCGGGUUGUAUACUCGUCAAUACAGCGACAACCGGUGGUAAACUCGCACAAAAUGUCGAAACAAAGCUCCAUUUUCAAUUUUUUCACCAAAUCUCCGCCCCCAGUCUCCAAGUCAAAGCCGAAGCCGAGUCCCUCGCCGGCGGAGGCGGACCUGCCUUCCUCCGUGAGGAAGUCCAGCUCCUCUCCGAAAGAGGAGGCGAAACGGACACCGCAAAAACCAGCCAAGACCAGCAAGGGGAAGCCGACAAGUAACGGGAAGUCUUCAAAGGGGGGAUUCAGCACAUUGUUUGGCGACAAGGCCCCGGCAGCCGAGCAACGCAGCAGCACAUGCCCAUUCACUGCUGGUGCCCCUGUGUGGGCAAAACUGGAGGGACACCCCUGGUGGCCGUGCCUGGUAGUACCCCAACCUCUGACUGGACAGCAGAUGAGGGGCAAUGAUCGGAAACAGCGCAUUCAUGUCCAUUUCUUUGAUGAACCCCCUACGAGAGGAUGGGUCAGCACCAAAUACAUCAGAGACUACCAAGGCUCUGACAGCAGUGACGCUAAAACAGGAGGGGUGUUCUUCAGCGGCAAACCUGCAGUCCGUCGUGCUAUGGCGCUUGCUGAUGGAGUUAUGUUUGACAGUCCUGAAAAAAGAUUAAAGAUGCCUGUCUGCAUGGAGCCGUCUGAUGAUGAUGAUGAUGAGGAGGAGGAAGACAUGGAGCUUGACAAGUCAACAGUUACUGAUGAAGAGGAUAGUGAUGAGGAAGAACAGAAACAGGAGAAAGUGAAGUCGUCCAAAGUCAGCCUGCGUUCAUCGCGCGCUUCAACAGAAAAGGGAAAUGAGGCCAAGCGCCGCCGCAUAAUUGUCGCUUCCGACAGCGAUGGAUCAGAUAAGGAAUUCAACCCGGGACAGGCUGCGUACAGCAGUGAGGAAGAGGAGGAGGCAGCACCAGUAGCAAUGAGCACUGAUGAAGAGAGCACACGUGAGUCGGAAGCAGAAAGCCCCGUCAAGCCCGUGAAGCGCAAACGUCCGGCAGAGAAGCCCGCCUCUGCGAAACCGACGGCGCCCGGCGCCCCAAGGCGAGCUCCGGCGCUUCUCGCGGGCGACACAAAGUCGCGCCUGUCGGCCUUCUCUGCCCCCGACAACUUCGAGAGCCAGGCAAACGGGUCCGGCACCGGCGGAGGCGUCACAGUCUGGGACCACGAGAAGCUGGAGUGGUUGCAGGGUGCGAGGAGAAAGGACGGCCACAGGCGGCGCCAGACGGAGGCCGACUACGACGCCGCCACCCUGUACGUGCCAGAGGACUUCCUCAACCGAAGCAGUCCCGGUAUGCGCCGGUGGUGGCAGCUCAAAUCUCAGAUGUUUGACACCGUCAUUUUCUACAAGGUGGGGAAGUUUUAUGAACUCUACCACAUGGACGCCGUGGUCGGCGUCAACGAGCUGGGGCUGACCUUCAUGAAGGGGAGCUGGGCCCACUCGGGCUUCCCAGAGAUCGGCUUCGGCCGCUUCUCGGACGGCCUGGUGCAGAAAGGCUACAAGGUGGCUCGCGUGGAGCAGACGGAGACGCCCGAGAUGAUGGAGGCCCGCUGUAAGAGCAUGGCCAGGCCCACCAAGUUUGACCGCGUGGUGAGAAGAGAAGUGUGCCGCAUCAUCACUCGCGGCACCCAGACCUACAGCGUGUUGGACGGGGCUCCGGCCGAGAGCCAGAGCAAGUUCCUGCUGAGUUUAAAGGAGAAGGCUGAAGAGGAGAGCUCGGGGUGUUGCCGCAGCUACGGAGUCUGCUUCGUCGACACCUCUGUGGGCUGUUUUCACGUCGGCCAGUUCCCCGAUGACCGCCACGGCUCGCGCCUGCGCACCCUGAUCGCACACUUUGCCCCGGCCGAGGUGCUCUUUGAGAAGGGGAACCCGUCCGUUGAAACGCGCAAAAUACUCAAGUCUUCUCUGUCCUCUGCUCUGCAGGAAGGACUUAGUGCGGGCACCCAGUUCUGGGAUGCCCAGAAGACCCUAAAAACCCUUUCAGAAGAAGAUUACUUUCGGGAGGCUGCCGGCCCGGACCAGGAGGCGGGGACCCACUUUCUUCCUGCUCUUCUGAAAGCGAUGACCUCUGAGAGCGACUCCCUGGGCCUCAGCCCGAGAGAGGGCUGUGAGCUGGGACUGUCGGCACUGGGGGGGUGCAUUUCCUACCUGAAGAAAUGUCUGGUGGACCAAGAGCUGCUCUCUUUGGCCAACUUCGAGGACUACGUCCCCGUGGAUGUGGAGCUGGAGAACGCUUCUGGAGCCGCCGGCUUCUUUGCCCGGACUCGUCAGCGGAUGGUGCUCGACGGCGUGACUCUGGCCAACUUGGAAAUCUUUCAGAACGCGACGGGAGGAACGGAAGGGACGCUGCUGGAGCGCUUGGACACCUGCUCGACCCCGUUUGGCAAGAGGCUCCUGAAGCAGUGGCUCUGUGCUCCUCUGUGUAACCCCACCUCCGUCGAGGACAGGCUGGACGCCGUGGAAGAGCUGAUCGGCGCUCCGGCUCAGGCGGCCGAGGUCUCCGACCUGCUGAAGAAGCUCCCGGACCUGGAGCGUCUCCUGAGUAAAAUCCACAGCAUCGGCACCCCUCUGAAGGGCCAGGACCACCCCGACAGCCGAGCGGUGCUUUACGAGGAGGUCACCUACAGCAAGCGCAAGAUCGCCGACUUCCUCUCCACUCUGGAAGGUUUCAAAACAAUGCAGGAGAUCGUCGCGGCCCUCGCGCCGGUGUCGGGCGAGUCUCGUUCCGCGCUGCUCCGUCAAGUCGGCGGUCUGAGAAGCGAAGAGGACGGCCUCUUUCCCGACCUCUCCGCUGAACUCCGCCGGUGGGAUACGGCCUUCGACCACCAGAAAGCCCGCGCCACUGGGGUCAUCACCCCUAAAGGUGGCUUUGACCCGGACUUCGACCAGGCCCUGGCCUCAGUCGAGGACUGUGACCGGCAGCUGCGGGAUUACCUGGACAGACAGAAGAAGAGACUCGGCUGUAAAACCAUGUCGUAUUGGGGAACUGGGCGGAACCGCUACCAGAUGGAGGUGCCCAACGGCAUCUCGGAGAGGAACAUUCCCGAGGAGUACGAGGUGAAGUCGACAAAGAAAGGCUACAGGCGCUACGUCACCAAGGAGACGGAGCGGCUGUUCUCCGAGCUGCAGGGCUACGAGGAGACGAGGGACGCCGCCCUGAAGGACUGCAUGAGGACGCUCUUCUACAACUUUGACAAGAACUAUAAAGACUGGAAGACCGCCGUGGAGUGCAUGGCCGUGAUCGAUGUGCUGCUGGCCUUGUCGCGCUACAGUCAGGGUGGAGACGGGCCGAUGGCCAGGCCCCAGGUGGUGCUCCCCGAGGGUGACGGCGAGGCAUUGACCUUCCUCGACCUCGCUGGAUCCCGCCACCCCUGUGUCACCAAGACCUUUUUCGGCGACGACUUCAUCCCCAACGACAUCUCCAUCGGCUGCCCCGGCGGCGGUGAAACCGCUGAGGGAAAAGAGCGCGCCUCCUGUGUCCUCGUCACGGGGCCAAACAUGGGCGGGAAGUCCACUCUCAUGAGACAAUGUGGACUCGUCAUCAUCCUCGCCCAGCUGGGCUGCUACGUUCCCGCCGAGAGGCUGCGCUUCACUCCGGUGGACCGGGUCUUCACUCGGCUGGGAGCCUCCGACCGCAUCAUGGCCGGAGAGAGUACCUUCUUUGUGGAGCUGAGCGAGACCGCCAGCAUCCUGCACCACGCCACCAAACACUCGCUUGUGCUCCUGGAUGAAUUGGGGAGGGGCACGGCCACGUACGACGGCACGGCGAUAGCCAGCGCGGUCGUGAUGGAGCUCGCCGAGAAGAUCUGCUGCCGCACCCUCUUCUCCACACACUACCACUCGCUGGUGGAGGAGUACGCCGACAACCCCGCCGUGCGGUUGGGCCACAUGGCGUGCAUGGUGGAGAACGAAUGUGAGGAUCCGAGUCAGGAGACCAUCACAUUCCUCUACAAGUUCAUCACCGGUGCGUGUCCAAAGAGUUACGGGUUCAACGCCGCUCGACUCGCCAGCCUGCCAGAGGUGGUCAUCCAAUCGGGACACAGGAAGGCCAAAGAGUUUGAGAAGAGCACCGUCAGCCUCAGGCUCUUCAAGAAGCUGUGCCAGUUCGCCGAGGACGCCGCACUGGGAGACGGGCGCUUCUCUCCACUCGCUCACAUGCUCAAUGCCAUGUAGUUCCACAACCGGCUUUGUUCUAGCUCAAUGUUUGUUUUCUCACCCCUUGAAAAAACACUACUGUAAUGAUCUAAUAAAAGUUUAUUUUUAAAAAAGACAACGUUUCAUCUAGGAAAUUAAACCCUUUUAAUUCAC